AUGACUUGGGCUAAUACUUCAUCAAUCCUUCCAACUCCUUUGAAAAUUGCGGUGGCUACUGGAAAUUAUGAAGUUACUGAAGAGAUCUUAAGUUCAACUCCCAAUGUGGUCUCUAUUGGAAAUGAGCCACAACCAACAAUUUUCCAUCUUGCAAUUGGGAAUCGUCAAGAAAAUAUAAUCAAUCUCAUGCACCAAUAUGGUGAAUUUGGUCACAUCCUUUUAUCUGCAAAAGACAAAGGAAAUAACUGUGGUCUACAUUUUGCUGGAUAUUUGGAUAGUCGGGUGAAACUCAAUCUCAGAGCCAUGGCAGUUGGUGCUGCUCUACAGAUGCAACGUGAAUUGUUGUGGUUCAAGGAACUAAAUCCUAUCCCUUUUUUUUAA